GACACUGGGCGGCAUUAACUAGGUCCAGAAGCUUGGGGAUGUUUCUUGCACUUUGGAGCAGUUUCCAGCGGAGACAAAUGCAGGACGUGCCGCAGGUGUAAAAAAAGAGAGAGUUUCUUGCCAAAGAUCACAAUGCUGCAGCGGUGCAUCCUGAGGACGUACCAUGUGUUUGCUUUGGUGCUGUGUGUGUCAGCCAGGGAGGACUUUGACUGGACCAAGAAUGAAAAAACAUCUUUCUACUACAGCACCUUCCCAACUGGUUUCUCCUGGGGAGCUGGCAGCUCCGCCUAUCAGACUGAAGGAGCGUGGAACAUAGAUGGCAAAGGAAUGAGCAUCUGGGAUGCAUUCACCCGCAAGAAGGGGAAAAUAUUCCUGAAUGACACUGGAGACACAUCGUGUGACGGCUACAACAAAUUCAAGGAUGACAUCACCUUGAUGAAGGACAUGAAGCUAAAUCACUAUCGUUUCUCCAUCUCCUGGCCAAGGAUUUUACCAAGCGGACUGAAAAGUGAACACAUCAACGAGAAAGGAAUCAAAUACUAUGAAGACCUGAUUAACAUGCUGCUGGACAAUAAGAUCACUCCCAUUGUUAUUUUGUAUCACUGGGAUUUACCGCAGCUCUUACAGGAGAAGUAUGGUGGGUGGCAGAACGUCACCAUGGUGAACUACUUCAACGACUUUGCUAACUUGUGCUUUGAAAGAUUUGGACACAAAGUGAAAUACUGGAUCACGUUCAACAAUCCCUGGUCUAUUGCUGUGGAGGGAUAUGAAACAGGGGAACAUGCACCAGGAAUGAAGCUGAAGGGAACCGGAGCUUACAAAGCUGCCCAUCACAUCAUCAAGGCACAUGCUAAAGUUUGGCACACGUAUGACAUGCAAUGGCGAAGCAAACAAAAAGGCAUGGUUGGUAUCUCGCUAACGGCUGACUGGGGUGAACCAGUGGACAUCACCAACCAGAGGGACAUUGAAGCAGCGGAGAGAUACAUCCAGUUCUACCUGGGAUGGUUCGCUACCCCCAUCUUCAAUGGAGACUACCCCCAGGUUAUGAAAGAUUACAUCGGUAGGAAAAGUGGCCAGCAGGGACUGGGAGCUUCACGGCUGCCCGUCUUCUCGCCUCAGGAGAAGAGUUACAUCAAGGGAACCUGCGACUUCCUAGGCCUCGGACAUUUCACUACUCGCUACAUCACCCCGAAGAACUACCCAUCUGGGCUGGGAGACAGCUACUUUGCAGAUCGUGACCUUGCUGAGCUGGUUGACCCAAAAUGGCCUGAUCCAGGCUCUGAGUGGCUCUAUUCUGUUCCCUGGGGCUUCCGGCGCAUGUUGAACUUUGUCAAGACUCAGUAUGGAAACCCCAUGGUAUACGUGACAGAAAAUGGUGUCUCGGAAAAAAUGGUCUGCACCGACCUCUGUGAUGACUGGAGAAUGCAGUACUUUAAAGACUACAUUAAUGAGAUGCUCAAAGCGGUCAAGGAUGGCGUCAAUGUGAAGGGCUACACAGCUUGGUCUCUCCUGGACAACUUUGAGUGGGAUGAAGGAUUCUCAGAGAGAUUUGGACUCUACUACGUGGACUUCAGCAACAAAAAUAAACCACGCUACCCCAAGGCCUCUGUCCAGUUCUAUAAACGCAUCAUCAGCUCCAAUGGCUUUCCCAAUCAGAGAGAGGUGGAGAGCUGGAAAAGGAAAGCCGUAGAGACUUGUGCUUCCAGUAACCAGCUCCUGGCUGCAGAUCCCUUGAUAGGUCACAUGGAGAUGGUAUCAGAAAUCGUGAUUCCCACUGUGAGCACACUAUGCAUCCUCCUCAGUGCAGUGUUCCUCAUGUUCCUGCUGCGUGGACGCAUCUAAAAGAACACACACACACACGCAAGCACACACGCACGCACGCACGCACGCACGCACGCACACACACACACACACACACACACACACACACACACACAUCUGAGAGUGCCUUCAAAGCUGUGAAACUUUAUCCUGUCGAGAGCAUUUUGUUGAUUUAACUGUCCUGCUUUUCUGUUUUGAAUAAAAACGUUUUUGGGUUGUCAGUAUUUAGUUUAAAUAGCCGGUACCUGUCACAACUUUGGAAACAUUGAUUCAAGCUUGGUAUAUUAUGACUAUUUUGAAAAUGUUUUAAUAAACUGGUCUUGUGUGUUUUUUGAUGUAGCUUAGUUUUGUAGGCUACUCAAUCUAACUGCAGAGAAGAAGGUUUACUGUCAACAAAUUAAAAAAAAGUGAUGGAGAUACAGUAUUGUUGUACUCGCUGUUGAUCAUACAAAUAAAUACAUGUUUAAGACAUAAAA